GUCUCAAUAUUCCAAAUCAAACAACCGCUCUUCAAUGGCGUCUCUAAACCUCUUUAAUCCUUAACUAAGCAAACCCAACAAACCCUCUUCUCCACCUGAACCUCUGUUUUGUUCAUUUCUAAACUCCCAAACCAGUUAACAAUGCGAAGCCUAAGCUUACAGCUCCAAAGCUUGUUCUUCAAGUACAACCUACGACACCAACUCCAGACUCUAACCCAGGCCCAACUCGAUACCCGCGACAAUUUCGGCACCACUUCCCGACCCGACCAUCCUUCCGUUCCCGCCAACCCGACUUUCCAAAACGGCGUCGCCACCAAGGACCUCCACAUCGACCCCUUCUCCUCUCUCUCCGUUCGCAUCUUCCUCCCGGAGACAGUCAAAGACACCAUCUUUGAUUCUUCCGUCUACGGCGGGUACGCUCCGGCGACCGGGAAGCGCCACCGCAAGCUGCCGAUCAUGCUGCAGUUCCACGGCGGCGGGUUUGUGGUGGGGAGCAACGACGCGUCGGGUAACGAUGUGUUUUGCAGGAGGAUGGCGAAGCUGUGCGAUGUGAUUGUGGUGGCGGUGGGGUAUAGGCUGGCGCCGGAGAGUCAGUACCCGGCGGCGUUUGAGGAUGGGAUGGCGGUGGUGAGCUGGCUGGCGAAACAGGCCAACUUGGCGGCGGUGGGGAGGAGGAGGAAGGGGAAUGGUGGUUCUGGGAAUGAGGGUAUUGUCGAUAGGUUUGGGUCGUCUAUGGUUGAGCCGUGGUUGGCUGCUCAUGGAGAAUAUUCUAGGUGUGUACUCCUCGGAGUGAGCUGUGGUGCUAACAUAGCAGAUUAUGUUGCUCGGAAGGCUGUGGAGGCAGGCAGCCUCUUGGAUCCUCUGAAAGUGGUGGCUCAAAUCCUGAUGUACCCUUUCUUCAUUGGAAGCGUUCCCACCAAGUCUGAGAUUAAGUUAGCAAAUUCCUACUUUUACGAUAAGGCUACGUGUAUGAUUGCAUGGAAGCUAUUUCUACCAAGGGAAGAGUUUAAUUUAGACCACCCUGCUGGCAACCCUCUAUUUCCCUGGAGAGGGCCGCCCAUAAAGACCAUGCCUCCCACACUUACAAUUGUUGCGGAGCAUGAUUGGAUGCGUGACCGGGGAAUUGCUUACUCUGAAGAAUUGCGGAAGGCUAAUGUGGAUGCACCACUUCUUGAGUACAAGAAUGCAGUUCAUGAGUUUGCUACUCUUGAUGGGCUCCUGCAGACACCCCAGGCCCUUGCUUGUGCUGAUGAUAUCACUAUAUGGGUAAAGAAGUAUUUAUCACUCAGAGGUGGAGAGUUUUCUUAUUGAUUAUUAGUACAGAGAAAACAUAAGAGAGAAGAUUGAAGCUUGAAGCAGAUUUCAAUAGCUUUGGAAGGACUUUUUGGUGUACAGUAUGAUGUCCACUUCCAUUCGUUGGGAUGUCCGGAGAGUGUAGAGGAACACCCUACUCUCUGCUCAACAUAGUUUUAGUUUUUUGCCUGAACAUACUAUUGCCUUUGCUAGGAUUUGUAUAUGCUCAUUAGCUUAAUUUUAAGAUGUAUAAGUGUAUUACAGUAAUGCACUCACAGAGCCUGCCUGUUAUGAAGCUUAUUCAAUAUUUUUCAUUCAUUCAUCCAAUUCAUGAAGAUCAGUUUUCUUU